AAACAGGGUAUCUCUUACCAUCAUCAUGGCCGAGAUAACAGCAGAAGGACACAUGUCUACAACCACGACGAUAAUCGAUGGUAAGAACGGAUCCGUUCCCUCGUCAUCCAUGAAAGUGGGCAAGAAAUCAGUGACAGAAGACCUCGUGACAACGUUCAGCUCACCAGCAGCAUGGCUUCUUGUUGUUGCUUUGAUUGUUACCUGGUCAGCAGUAGCUAUUGUAAUGUUUGACUUGGUGGAUUACAAAACCUUAGCAGGAAGAUCUGUUCACAAGCUCAGCACAGAACCACUGAGAAUCAUUCAUGAGACACUGGAAGAGUCUUCUGAUUGGAUUUAUGGCUUUUUUUCUUUACUUUCUGACAUCGUAUGGAGUGAUGAUGAUGAUGACAGUGAUGAAGGUGAAGUAGAACCUUCCCUGAAAAAAGAAAUUCAAAAACAGAAAACUGAGAGACCUGAAAAACGAACACCAGCUAAGGGUAAACUGGAUUUUUUGUUUGUUUGCCCACAUAUAUUUGUGUAA